CUCCGUCCCGGCUGCGGCCCCUACCGGUUACAUAACUCGUCGCGGGCUCCGCGCGGCCCCACUUCCCUGGCCUCCCAGGGACCCCAGGAUGCGCUGAGCCCCACAACGCCGUCCGCUGCCGCCGGCUCCCGCCCGAGGAAGAAGAGACCUGCCCGAAACUUUGAGGCAAGGGGCCCUUGAGGUCUGCUCUUGGCUCCAUGUCUCUGGUCCUCAGUUCAGUGGCCCUUUUUCUCCCAGGUGUGAAUGACAGAGGUGGUGCCAUCCAGUGCCCUCAGCGAGGUCAGCCUGCGCCUCCUCUGCCACGAUGACAUAGACACUGUGAAGCAUCUGUGUGGCGACUGGUUCCCCAUCGAGUACCCAGACUCAUGGUAUCGUGAUAUCACCUCCAACAAGAAGUUCUUUUCCCUUGCUGCCACCUACAGGGGCGCCAUUGUGGGAAUGAUCGUAGCUGAAAUAAAAAGCAGGACCAAGAUACACAAGGAGGAUGGAGAUAUUCUAGCCUCCAGCUUCUCUGUUGACACACAGGUUGCGUACAUUCUAAGCCUGGGAGUAGUGAAGGAGUUCAGGAAGCAUGGCAUAGGAUCUACCGCCAGGCCCACAGUCUGCUCUGCAGCUUCCUGCCAUGGUCCAGCAUCACCACCAAGGGCGGCAUCGAGUACAGCCGGACCAUGUGACGCCAGCCGGGCAGCCUCCACCAGGCCCCAACCCUUUGUGCCCUGUGGAAACUGCCCUCCUGGCCAUCUGACUUCCACUGUCCUCUGCAGAGGAGCCCCACCUGCAGGCCUGGUGCUACGUGGGCUCGGGAGCAGAGCUUCUCGGGGCGUGCCCGGUCUCCGACAGGCUCUCCCAGCCCUCCUUCCUGUGUGGAAACCUGCGCUUCCUCCGAGCGCUGGUCCUGCCCCGCGCACCAGCCUCUGGGGCCGCUGGGGUGUGGCAUGUGCUCUGUGGUCUGUCUCCUCUGCUGCCCUGGGAGCGAGGGCACCCAAAAGGGCUUCCCUCCCUGCUUCCCCACACCCCUCACUGGCCUCUUACCCUCCACUGCCUGUUCCUUCCAGCUCCUUUCUCCAAAGUGGGAACGAACUUCUGGGAGGGAAGAACCCACGUGUCGUGGACAGACUUCACCCUAAAGACACAGGAGCGUCAGAACAAUGCAGGGGCGAAUUAAAGGGAGCGCCAGACUCCCGUGCAGACCCAGCGCACAGAAGCCUGGGGCGCAGAGCGCAGCCCCUGCCUCCCCACCAGGGGCUGGUGCUUGGUGGGCACAGCACGGGAGGCUUGUCUCCCACACACAGCUCUGGGGCUUUGCUCCUGACUCAGGUGGUCGGACAACGGGACUGUUCUCCACACCGCCGCUGGGAGGCUGAGGCUUGCAGGCCGGUUCACUGUCUAGAGCAAGCAGAACCGCCAGUCGUCUGGUGGAUGCACCGUUCAGCUGAGCUACCGCAGGGGACCAGGCUGAGGACAGGCGCCGCCAAGGGUCCUGGGCGUCCUGUCCCCCAGGCCCCCAGGCCCCCAGCCCCCUGGGCUGUAGCGCAGAGGCCUGGGCAGAUGCGGACCAGAGGAAGCUGAGCCGGCCUUGAUCAAGUGAAACCCAGCUGUUGAGGCUGGGGCAGUCAUGUGCCUUGUGGUCCCUCCGCCUCUGGGGCAGAGACCGGAGAGGCUGUUUAUGCCAGGAAGUGUGCGUGUGGACGGUGUGUGCUCCUGGCGUCCCUUCCGAGCUGCCUGCCACCUGCCCUGACCUCCAGAGCAGAGGGGGUGGUGCAGAGCUACUGUGGCCUAUUGGAGCCAUUGCCAGGGAGCACUGGCCCAAGGGCAGGAGGAGACGAACACCCCGGGCGGGGGUUCCGUGACUGGUGUCCUUCCUCCCCUCAGAACUUCCCAGCCUGGGGCUCCUAUGUCCUCGUGGUGGGAAAGGGCUUCUCGAGAUGAAGGUGAUCCGGGCAUGAGAGGCCCUCCUCCUCCCUUGGCUGGGUGUUCCCACCUCUGCGCUGACAUUGACUUCACGCUGAGGCCCAGCUCCAUGUCCUCUCUAAUCUGAAUCCACGAUGAUCAUGUGAUUUUUAUUUCUGCUCCUUGGGUAAGGGAAGAGUCUUCCAGAAGGUUCUGCCUUGGACAUUCAUAAUUGAGCUCAGAGGCCUUGUCCUGCCCUGCCCCCCCACCCCGCGCCAGUCACUGCAGUGUCCAGCCCAGUGUUGAACGGGAUUAUAGUGUUUUGUCUCAGUGCAAAUAAAUAGACUAAUUGGUCACAUCCUGUCUUCCCAGGCUCGCUGCACUUUGGCCCUGCCCCUGUGGAUCUGCCCUGUGGCUGAGGGCAGCCUAGGAACUGCUUGUCCCCUAGCAAGUCCCAACGAUGGCUUGCAGCUCAAAGGGCAAUUGUUUUUUACAAUCAUGAUUGUAAUUUACUCUGCCAAAGAAUGCGGUCCCUGGGGAGAGGUCCUAGAGCUGGUGAUUCAACAGUCAGGCAGAGACCCUGGGCCAGCGCAGCCCACCACAGGAGCCUGAGGCAGGGUGCCAGCUCAUCCCAACACCUGGCUGGUGCUUCCACCAACCUCUUCUUUGAGCCUCUGGCCACCCCGGGGGCAGGGGGUCAUGCUUGUCACCCCGUUAGACAAAGGAGGAAAACUGGGUCAGGGGCUGGGAGUUGCCCAUGAGCCACACAGCUCCUGAUGGUGGGCCUGAGAGCCCAGCCCAGGCCUGGUUCCUCCCAAGCCCGUGUUUGCUGCUCCCUGAGGCCUGGGUCUCACCCAGAUGGCCCUCCCUAGGGAACAAGUCCUGAGGCUGGUGGCCUGGACUGUGAGCUCCCACCACCCAGGGCCACACCCAUACUUGAAACAGCCUGAAAAGCACGCAGGGACCCAAGUCUCCAGAAUCUGCUAUAGGAGGGAACAGUGCGGGGCCUGAGGGAGCGUUUCUCUGGGUCUGGAAGGGACCCAGCUGCCCUGGUUUCCAGAGUGUCCUUGACACCAUCACGUGUGGUCUGACAGAAGCCUGUGAGAGGGAUAGGUCAGCCCCAGCCCGACUCGGGCUUCCAGGACAGGAAGUCAGCAGGUGGGGAGAGUCGCUGAGGCAAACCCAGGUCUUCCCAUCCUGUCCCCUGCAGGGCUGAGGCCCAGUGAUGUAGAGCGGGGGCCCUCAGCCAGAGUGAUUCUGCUUCCUCCAGGGGACAUCAGACUAUCUGGAGACAGUUCUGGUAGCCACAGUGGGAGGAGACCAGGGACGCUGCUAAACAUGCUGUAGCAUACAGGACAGCCCCCGACAACAAAGAGGUUGUGUGAGGUUAAGACAUCCCAGUACAGAGGAGCCCAGGCCAGGGUACCUGGAGUCCAACCCAGCUGGGUGGAGAAGGGCUGUGCCCACUCUGCCUGGAGGGUCAGGGCAGCCAGGGGGCCCCAGGGAGAGUGAACACAACCAAGCCUUCAUUGAGGGGCAGCGUGGGGUCAGGGCCAGCAUCUCUGCCCAGGUUGGGAACUUGCCCUCCUCCCUGACAUCCUCCACAAACCCAGUCUAAUUUCCUUUGUCCUCUGCCCCUCGGCCCAGAGUGCCAAGCCCUGCUUUUAGGCCUGCUGAGACCCUGCCCACCCAGAGGAGGACGGCUCCCUUCUCAACUCAGGGUGGAACACCUGGAUUCCCCAGGAUCGAUUAACACAGAACUUUGCUCUCAGAACACAGGUGCCAAGGGGCAGUUUCUCUGGCUGAAUUGCCUGAUGACAGACAGACCACAGGGACAGAAGGUGCAGGCCUUGGCUUUUAUUGAUAUUAGACCUGCAGGCUCCCCGGCCUCUUGGGAGCCCAAACUCUCUGCUCCACCCAGCCUCUCAGGUACAAGUGGCUGACUUGAGUUGGAGCAGGCUGCAAGAGCAUGCCCAGAUUUGUUUUUUCUGUCCCUCCUGCAGGACUUCCUCCUCCCUUCCCCCUUGAGUUUUCCUGAGGCUGGCCCAGGCUCUGGUGCUGGGCAGCUGCCCAAGUGUCUCAUCGUUGGGGUGCCACUGGUAGGGACUGAGCCCUUCCUUCCUGGACCUGCCACCUCCUCCUCCUGGGCCAUCCUUUCCCCUCCUGUCCCAGGCUGGGAGAACCAGCCCUGGCACUCGGAUCCCUAUGGCCUCUCCAGAGCCCCAAAGCGAGUUCUCUUGUACAAAGGACAGGUGGGCUCCUCUGAGGCCCCCCAGGAUCUCUUGGGCCUGAGCCCCAAGCCUUCAGGGGGACAGGACUGGGAGGGGGCACCCUUGGCUGGGUCCAUGCUGGAACUGGAAGCUGAGGAAAGGGAGGAGAGAAGAGUCACUCAGAGGUACCCAGGGGAGGCUGCCAGUCCACCCUGUGACCCCCAGAACCUGGCAUCCUUCAAAACAGGAGGGGAGGGGAAGUUCUCCUUAAAGAGAACCCAUGAGGAGGGAAGAAAGAGGGAAACAUGGUUCAAACUAGAAGGACCCUUAUCUAACCUGAACCCCUGAUUUUAUAAAUGGGGAAACUGAGGCCCAGCCAGUUGGGGAGAGCCGUCCAAAAUCCUUCAUUAAGUGUGGAGCUGGGACAGGGACCCAGGAGGCUUGGGAGUGGAGAAGGGCCACCUAGGUCCAUCUGAUUCCCCUGCCCCACCCUUCCCUGGGUUUUCCCAUUCAAUCCCCAGCCCUGCAGCACCUGGACAGGUGCUCACCUGUAUUUCCUAGGCUGUCCCUGGGCAUUUGAGCUUCCAGAAGUGCUGAGUGGUGGCUGUUACCUGGGCCUGCAGUCCCCUGUGGUAGCUCCAGGGGCCAGGCCACACCCUUGGGCUGUGGGAGGCAGCCCCUGGCCAUGAGCCGGCCCAGCCAGUGGCUCUCACACUGGCCAGCAGGCUGCAUGUGGCCCGGCAGAUAGAGGGCCAGGCCCCGGAGGUGGCGCAGCCGAAAGUUCUUGGGCUUGCUUCCCUGGGCACUGGGGCACUGCUGCUGCUGGGCCCCCAGCCCCCCUUCGUAGAUGUUGGAUGGAAUGUCAGGGUGGCUGGGGCGUCCUCCGGCCCAGCUCACUGCAUCUGUGGAGGGGAGAGCAGGAGGGUGGUGGCCGGUGGGCCAGUGGCCAUGAGGGGAAAACGCAGUCACAUGCUUGUGAGAUGGGCUCCACCCCCCGCCUGCGGAGCUUCAGCUUACCUGUCUGUCAGAAGGGCUCAGCCCCUUGCCUCCCAUUGCCUCCCACCACCUCCCACCUCCUCCCACCCCACAUAGCUUCCCUCCCAACUAACAGGAGCUCUGAGAAGCUUGAGCCUUGGCACCAAGAUCACUUUCAGGACUUCAGGCUCUUUCUGCCAACCCGUUUUGCCCUCUACCCUAGAAAGAGUAUUCUGGUACCCAGGGUCGCACAGCCUGGACCAGUGGCCAUACCCCUCUCCCACGCAUGCAUGUCCCUAAGGCCACCCGUGUGGCUUUGGGCCCAGGUCAGGACAGGAGGGCAUCUCUGCUCCUGCCACUCCUCCCCGCAGCCCGGCACCUUCUCUUAUGCGCAGCUCAGAGAACGCACAGACCAAGGCUUCCAUGGAGGGCCAGUGUGGUAGGGAGGAGUGGCCAGGCCUCCUGUGCAGCAGGGCUCUGCUCUUCCCUACCUAGGGGCUGAGUCUGCAAGUCUCCCCUGGCAACCAGCUCUAUGAUGUCACAGGGAAGACUCCUGGGUUUCCUGGACCCCUGAGUUUGGGAAAGGAUGAUGUCCAGGGCAGGAUCAGGGUGGGAGGAGGGCAAGGGAUGGAGAUGGAAUCCUAGGGGAGGUUCCUGGUCCCUCUGGCUUCAGAUAGGCAGACAGCUUUUGCAGGCUGGGAAGUCACUUCCUGGGAUGAUCUUUUGAGGUAUCCAUUUCCUCAUCUAUGGGUGGGACAUGAAAGCUUAGGGGUGCAGACUUGGUUAUAUCUGGGUUAGUGCUUUGAGCAUGCUGACAGGUGGUUCUGGAUGACUGGGCAGCUCAUUUAAUUUUUCUGUCCAUUUUCCCAUAAGUAGAUGAUGGCAUACUGUGUGAAUGGUACCAACUGUGAAGCAGGAUGUGGAGGAACUGGAACUCUCGUGUACUGCUGCAGGGAAUGUAAGAUGGUACCACCAGUUUGAGAAGCAGUUUCUAAAAAGUUAAACUUUAAAUUGUCUUUAUUCACAGAUGACAUGAUCUUAUAGACAGGAAAAAUUCACACUCAAAAAAGAACUACUUGAGCUAAAAAAAAAACUAUCAGCAAAUAAGGUUCAGCAGAAUCACAGGAUACAAGAUCAACACACAAAAAUUAACUGUAUUACUACACACAAGCACAGAACAAAAAGAAUAAAACAGUCAUAAAAUUAACCAUGGAGGUACAAGACAACACUGAAGACUACAAAGUAUUGCUGAAAAAAAAAUAAGACUUAAAUAAAUGGAAAAAUAUCCUCAUUCAUGUAUUUAAUAUUGUUAAGACAGCAUUCCUCCCCAAAGUGAUCUAUAGAUUCAAUGCAAUUCUUAUCAAAAUCCCAAUGUCCUUUUAGGCAGAAACAGGAAAACUGAUCCUAAAAUUCAUGUAGAUUUACAAGGGAGACCAAAAGCCAAAAAUGAUCUUAAAGAAAAAGUUUGAAGAUUCAGAUUUCCUGACUUAAAAACUUACUACAUACAGUGUUACAGUAAACAAAACAGUGUGGAGCUGGCAUAAGGCUAGACAUCUAGACCGAUGGAAUAGAGUAGAGAGCCGAGAAUAAACCCAUACAUCUAUGGGCAAUUGAUUUUUGACAAGAUUGCCAAGACUGUUCAGUGGGGGAAGGAAUAGUCUAUUCAGCAAAUGGAAGAGAACAACUGGAAGUCCAGAUGAUAACGAAUGAAGAAUGAAGAAUGGCAUUAGACCCCUACCUCACACCAUAUACAAAAAAUUAACUCAAAAAGCAACAAAAACCUAAAUAUAAGCACUACACUAAAACUAUAAGACUCUGAAGAAAACAGGGGUAAGCCUUCAUCAUGAUGGAUUUGGCAAUGGGUUCUUAGAUAUGACAACAAAA